AUGGAACCAUCCUAUGACCUAGCUAUUCUACCCCUCAGUAUUCAUCCAAAAGAACUGAAAUCAGUAUACUAUACAGAUACAGUUUCAGAAAACAAUGAUGACAGCAGUGCUGCUGGAGGAAAAAAGAAAGGUGGGAAAUCUUCCCAGGGUAAUCUUGGCAGGAAGAAUCUUCAUUAUGUACAUACUGGGUAUGAACUGCUUCCUUCAAAACUCCAGGAGGGUGAUCGAAAUGUGACAAUAAGCACUCAAGCCGCCCGCCGCAACAAGAAGAGAGGGAAAUGGCGUAAUGAAGAGCAAAUCCAUAUUACUGUGUGGAAAGAUACAAAACCUGAAGAAAGAGAAAUGGGAGAAGACACACAAGGAGAAGCCAUUGGGAACUGGUUCAAGGUCACAAUUCCAUAUGGGAGAAACUAUGACAAGGCAUGGCUAAUGAAUACAGUCCAGAGCCAUUGCAGUGUCUCCUUCACCCCAGUUGAUUUCCACUACAUCAGAAAUCAGGCCCGGUUCUUUGUCCAGGAUGUUAAAACUGCUUCUGCAUUGAAGGAUAUCAGCUACAAGAUUUGUGAUGAGGAUAACCGAAAGAUAUCUCUCUUUGUCAAUGCUUCUGCUGUACCCUACUCUAUGCAGAAUAAGUUCACACCAGAUCAAAUGGAGCAACUAAAGCUGACUAUGAGCAAACGAUAUGAUGUCUCCCAGCAAGUUCUCAACCUCCAGAAACUCCGUUUUGACUCAGACUUGGUGGGCCAUGACAUCGACAUGAUCCUGAAUCGAAGAAACUGCAUGUUUGCCACUCUGCAGAUCAUUGAAAGGGAUUUCCCUGAGCUGUUGUCCUUGAACUUACAAAACAACAAAUUGUACCAGCUGGAUGGCCUGUCUGACAUCAUAGAGAAGGCUCCCAAAGUCAAGAUCCUGAACCUCUCCAACAAUGAGCUGAGGACCUCCACGGAGUUGGACAAGCUGAAAGGGCUGAAGCUGGAAGAGCUGUGGCUAGAAGGGAACCCCUUGUGCAGUGCCUUCCCAGACCAGUCUGCCUAUGUAAGCGCCAUCCAGGAUUGUUUCCCCAAGUUGCUACGCCUGGAUGGCCAGGAUUUACCCACUGCAACUGUCAUUGACCCUGAUGCCCCCAAGUUAAUAAAACCCUGCAAGGAAAGCUAUAAAGGAUCUGAGAUCUUAAAGAAUCUAGUUCUGCAAUUUCUGCAGGAGUAUUACUUGAUCUAUGAUUAUGGAGAUCGACAGGGUCUACUUAGUGCUUAUCAUGAUGAGGCCUGCUUCUCCCUGACCGUUCCCUUCAACCCCAAGGACCCAGCCCCAAAUAGCUUGUGCAAGUACUUCAAGUAUAGUAGGAAUAUGAAGAAGCUCAAGGAUUCCAAUAUGCGGAGACAGCUGCUGAAACACACAAAACAUGACAUUGUGGACUACCUCAGUGUGUUGCCCAAAACUGAGCAUGACUUCAGUUGCCUUAUGGUGGACAUGUGGUUCCAGACGGAAACAAUGCUCUGCUUCUCUGUGAAUGGGGUGUUCAAGGAAGCAGAAGGAAAGUCUCAAGGAUGUGUUCAUGCCUUCACUCGGACCUUCAUUGCUAUCCCUACUAGCAAUUCCAGUAUAUGCAUCAUGAAUGAUGAGCUGAUUGUGAGGAAUGCCAGCCCUGAUGAGAUCCAGAGCUCUUUCUCCAUCCCAAUGCCUGCACUGUGUUCCACCUCCAUGCCUACCCUGUCCCAAGAGCAGCAGGAAAUGGUGAAGGUUUUCUCUACACAGUCUGGGAUGAAACUUGAAUGGUCUCAGAAGUGCCUUGAGGACAAUGAGUGGAACUAUACCAGAGCUGGUCAGGUCUUCAUUAUGCUCCAGACUGAGGGCAAGAUCCCAGAAGAGGCCUUCAAACAGUUACCCUGA